GGUAAUAAUGACAGCUUGUCAACCAGUGCAAAUGUCUGUCGCAUGCGCUUUCGACUGUCAAGCACGUUUCCAUUUGGAGGUUAUUGUUUUCAUUGGAGUCUGUACGUUCUGUACGCGAAUUGUUCAUUUCGGUAAUUUAUCAAUUAAUCAUCAGCGAUUUCGGAAUGGAGGAUGAAGAUGAUGUACCUCAGAGCAGCGUGAAUUUUAUUCCCUGCCUGUACUUUCUAAAGAAAGCAGUUGCAAAGGAAAAACCAGAAAAGAUCACCUUAACACAAGAAGAAUUGGCUCGGGUGAUUAAUGAGACGAAGGAAGAACUUGAAGAAAACAGCGAUGAAGAGCAAGCAGAGGUUGCAAAUGCCAUGGAAACAUCGGAUAAUGAAGAGCCACGACCAACUCAACCAGCAGCGACCGGUAAUGAUCAAGACGAAUAUAACUUCGACAACUACGACAACGAACUCAAUUUACAAUUUGCCAAUUUGGGCGAUGUUGCUGUUAUCGACGCCUCGGAACAGAUACAAGACGACGAGGAUUCGGAAGCCGAAGAUGACUUAAUCAAAACCAACGACAAUUUACUUAUUGUCGGGCACGUGGAUGACGAUGCAGCUUCAUUGGAAGUUUUCGUUUAUAACGAGUCCGAAGGAAGCUUUUACGUGCACCACGAUUUUCUGCUUCCCAGCUACCCGCUUUGCAUCGAAUGGAUGCAUUAUGAUCCGGAAGCACGUGAUAUCGGUAACAUGGUUGCGAUAGGCAGUAUGGACCCGAUCAUAACCAUUUGGGACUUGGACAUACAGGACACUCUGGAGCCUGCGUUGAAGCUUGGCUCGAAAGGAAGUCGAAAGAAAAACAUUCCCAAAUGUGGUCACACCGAUGCCGUAUUGGACCUAUCAUGGAACCCGAACUUUAGUCACAUUUUGGCCAGCGGAUCAGUGGAUCAAACUGUUAUAUUGUGGGAUCUGGAUGAAUUGAAACCACACACAACCAUCACCGGAUUCCAGGAAAAAAUCCAAAGUCUCAAAUUCCAUGCAACCGAAGCACAAAGUCUACUCACUGGCUGCUGUGACGGUACAGUUCGACUGUACGAUUGCCGUGACCCGGAAACGAUCCAACAGAAUGCGAAAAUCUGGAAUUUCAGCGGCGAAAUCGAACGUAUUGCAUGGGACCCGAACGACGGCAACUAUUUCUUUGCGAGCACCAACGAAGGAAACGUUUACUACUGUGAUGUGCGACAGGAUCGUCAAGUGUGGUCGAAAAGAGUGCACGAAAAGGAGGUGACGGGUCUGGCUCCGAAUGCGAAAUGCAAAGGAAUGCUAACGACUACAUCGUCGGACGGUUCGUUGAAGGUGUGGAAAUAUUCCGAAACCGAUGCGGAUCUAGUUUACGAAGAAGAUGUUGGCAUCGGGCAGAUACAGUGCAUUGGCAUCUGUCCAGAUAAUCCAUUUACAGUCGCUGUCGGUGGUGAUAACAAACGGAAGCAUUUAAGGGUCGUGGAUGUCAGAGAUUUCGAUACGGUUCGUCGAUCGUUUGGCAUAAGUGUGCAAAACUGAUGCGCCUUUCUGAAAUACAAUUUCCCUUUUAUUUACACAAAA